GAACCACCAUGCACAUUCCAACUUAAUCCUUGGGAAUAAAGAUGAAACACCAACUUUAACCCAAGUUAAGAUAUUUAGGAAGUUUCAUCGUAGAAUCCGAAAGCAUAUCGACAAUUGUGGGAUCUCAACCACUGCGCUUUCCAGGGAGAAUUGAGGCAUGGCUCAAAGUGGAAAUGGUGACAAUGGUUUUGAAUCUCUUGAUCAUGCAGAUGACGAUGAUGUGAAAAAACUAAGCCAAAAGGGCAUCAAAAAACACCAAGAGGAAGAGGUUUCUGUGGAGAGGGUGUUCCAGCACCUUUUGGUUCCCUCAUGGAAGAACCAGUUAACUUUGAGAGCCUUUGUUGUCAGUUUUGCACUCAGCAUACUCUUCAGUUUCAUUGUUAUGAAACUCAACCUUACCACUGGUAUCAUACCUUCACUCAAUGUCUCUGCUGGCCUUCUUGGGUUCUUCUUUGUGAAGACUUGGACCAAGUUCUUGGAAAAAUCUGGCAUGUUGAAGCAACCCUUUACAAGGCAGGAGAACACUGUCAUCCAAACCUGCGUUGUUGCCUCAUCUGGCAUAGCCUUUAGUGGAGGAUUUGGGAGUUACCUCUUUGGAAUGAGUGAACGCAUAGCCAAGCAAUCCACAGACACCAGUGAUUUUAAGGACCCAAAAUUAGGGUGGAUAAUUGCUUUUCUCUUUGUUGUUAGCUUCCUUGGUCUUUUCUCAGUUGUACCUCUAAGAAAGAUUAUGAUCAUUGACUUCAAAUUGACAUAUCCGAGUGGUACUGCAACUGCCCAUCUCAUCAACAGCUUCCACACUCCCCAGGGAGCCAAACUAGCAAAGAAGCAAGUGAAAGUGUUGGCAAAAUUCUUCAGUUUUAGUUUCUUAUGGGGUUUCUUUCAAUGGUUCUAUACAGCUGCUGACCAGUGUGGAUUUCAGGCCUUCCCUUCGUUGGGGCUCAAAGCAUAUGAAAACAGGUUUUAUUUUGAUUUUUCUGCAAUCUAUGUCGGAGUGGGAAUGAUAUGCCCAUAUAUCAUAAAUAUAUCAGUGCUUCUUGGAGGAAUUAUUUCUUGGGGCAUAAUGUGGCCUCUCAUUAAAAACAAAGAGGGUGAUUGGUAUGACAAGGGCCUUGGUGAAAGCAACCUUCAUGGCAUCCAAGGUUAUAGGGUAUUUAUAGCCAUUGCCUUGAUCUUGGGAGAUGGUUUAUAUAACUUCGUAAAAGUGCUAACUCAUACGCUCUGGGGGUUGUAUAAUCAAAUCUCGCAAAAACAAAGGGAGAAUGUCCUUCCUGUUGCAGAUCAAGACUCUCCCUCGAAUCCUCAGCAAUCAUAUGAUGACCAGCGCCGCAUCCAACUCUUCCUUAAAGAUCAGAUUCCAACAUGGUUUGCAGUUGGAGGUUAUGUUGCCAUUGCUGCCAUCUCUACAGCCACUCUGCCACACAUCUUUCACCAACUAAAAUGGUAUUACAUACUUGUUAUCUACCUUCUUGCCCCCACCUUAGCAUUUUGCAAUGCUUAUGGUUGUGGGCUAACAGAUUGGUCCCUUGCAUCCACCUAUGGAAAGCUUGCCAUCUUCACAAUUGGAGCAUGGGCUGGUGCAGCACAUGGUGGAGUUCUUGCUGGCCUAGCAGCCUGUGGAGUGAUGAUGAACAUUGUUUCCACAGCUUCAGACUUGAUGCAGGAUUUUAAGACCGGCUACCUUACUCUAGCUUCGCCGCGCUCAAUGUUUGUGAGCCAAAUAAUUGGCACUAUAAUGGGUUGUGUGAUUUCUCCUUGUGUAUUUUGGAUUUUCUACAAAGCUUUUCCUGACCUUGGAACUAGUACAAGCGAAUACCCUGCCCCGUAUGCAAUUGUGUACCGUAACAUGGCGAUGUUGGGGGUGCAAGGUUUUGACUCUCUACCAAAAAACUGCCUCUUACUUUGUUAUAUAUUCUUUGGUGCUGCCAUUGUAAUAAACUUGAUCAAAGAUUUCCUUGGUAAGAAAGGGAGGUUCAUACCACUUCCAAUGGCUAUGGCAAUACCUUUCUAUAUAGGAUCAUACUUUGCCAUUGACAUGUGUGUCGGAAGUUUGAUAUUAUAUGUGUGGGAAAGGAUUAACAAGGCUAAGGCAGAUGCUUUUGGACCAGCUGUGGCUUCUGGUUUGAUAUGUGGAGAUGGAAUAUGGACUCUACCUGCUUCAAUUCUUGCUCUUGCUGGAGUUAAGCCUCCAAUUUGUAUGAAGUUCUUGUCUAGGGCCACAAAUCAAAGGGUUAAUACUUUCUUAGGGAAUUAAGAUCAAGUUUGAAUUGGACUUGGUAUCUUGUGAAAAGUUGCUGAUUUGUAAAUCUGUGAAACACAAUUUAAGUUUUCACUUUAAACUUUUCCAGCCAUAUAGUUGAACAAAACAACAUAGGAAAAAAAUUAUGUGUUUUUAUAUCAGAUAUGUCAGAAAGAAAGUAUAUAUGUUCGCAUGUUUAGAUUGCAUUGUGUCAGUGGGACCCCUAAAACAUCUUAAUUUCAAAUAUGCUUCCUCUGAACAUGCCAUAAUUUUCUAUUUUUUUACAUAUGCAUAAGGGGCAUCUCAAUUACUUUCAUCUGUUCGCGAGAAUUAAUUUGAUGGUGUUAAGUGUCAUUGAGUUCUGCAUGUUCAGCUCUUUCUUUUAGAGCAAUAAGAAGCACAAAAGUGCAUAAGGUGAAAUAGUUAUAAUCUUGAAUUAACUUGAAUAAAGUGACAGUGUGGCAUCUUCAUUUUCUCAUUUUAUAUCCUUUCUUAUUUUAGAUGAGCAUGUUGAAAUUUGGGGACAAUCAGAGAAUAUCACCAAACUGAUUUAAUUCCUUCACAAUAGAUAAUAGAAUAGGAAGAUUCAUGGACUAUUAAGUUCCAACCAAGGCAAUUCCUUUUACAAUACCUUUAUGGGAUUUUAAUUUCAAAAGGUGAUUUGUAAAUCACUUCUGAAAUUAAAUUUACGAGAGAAUGUUUAAUAUAUUCUGGAAUUAAAUUUUCAAAAU